AUGGGCGAGAACUCUGUCAACGGGGAGGCUAUCCACUCCCAAUUCCUCGAUCACCUGACAUCCUAUCCUGUUGUCUCCGACUCUAUCACCGUCAUCAAGACCAACAAGUACGCCGCGAAGUCUCUGGAAUAUGCCGACCAAGGCUACUCUCGCUUAGCCAAGCCGUUCCUCCCUUACUUCUCCAAGCCGUAUGGCUUCGUUGCUCCGUAUGUCGCGCGCGUAGAUACUCUUGGAGACAAAGGCCUGAGCAAGGUUGAUGAAACAUUCCCAUUUAUCAGAGAUGAUACAACCACGCUCAAGGGAUCGAUCAAAGACGGUGUCUCAUUCCCAGUGCGAUUCGUUUAUGACCUAAAGGGUCAUGUUUUUGACACUUACAGUUCUGAGUACAAGAAGUGUGGCGGGGACGGAAUGGUUGCGAGCGGCAAGGCCGUCAUCACCACCGGGUUGGUGCUGUCGCAGGAGUCGCUAGCCUAUAUCAGCUCCUUGCUUCAGGCCAAGAAGGCCCAAGUUAAGGAUGCAGUCAACGAGAAGACUGACAACUAA